CCAGGCGUUUGUAAGCAGUAUGAAUGUAACAUAGAGCUGAGGAGUGUAUCGACACAGAUAAUGGCGUGGAUUGCGCUGUUGUUACUUCCGGUUGUCACGGCAGCUCUGCCGGCGACUGACACGGAUGCUUGCAAUCCGGACAAAAUGACCGUUUACCGAAUGGUUCUUCACACAUAUUGGACGAGAGAAAAAUUCCCGAAACAUUAUCCGGAUUGGAGGCCGCCUGCUCAGUGGUCGAGAAUUUAUGGCGUAUCCCACAGUCGGUCUUAUAUUUUGUUUCGCUUGGGACGACGAGUGUCAGCACCAGUCAGACAAUUCGCCGAAUCUGGUCGAUCAGAUGCGCUGGGUUCGAGUCCGGGUACUCUCGACGUGUUCGGAGCUCCAGCAAUCAAUCAAGGCGCGGGAAGAACCGAAACUGAGUUCUUUGUUGACGGAAAUCACUCUAGAGUAUCGGUAAUGGCUCGAAUGGUUCCGUCGCCAGAUUGGUUCAUUGGAGUUGACAGCUUUGAUCUCUGCGUCGACGGCAACUGGUUAGACAGCAUCACUAUUGAGGUGGAUCCACUAGAUGCUGGUACUGACAACGGUUUUACAUUUACGGCCCCCAACUGGCCGACUGCGCCGCAGGGAGUAGCGUAUCGCAUCACAUCCAAAUACCCCUCCCACCCUGCUGGCUCGUUCUUCUAUCCACAUUUGAGACGACUGCCUCCGAUUGCUACUUUUCAAUUCAUAAAGCUCCGCGAAUACGAGCUCUCCGAAGUAUUUCACCGAGAUAGCGACGACCAACGAUACGACGUGCUUCAGCUCGACAAACUCAGUCAUAACAACAUUGACGUCCUUGAUGGGAACAGAGCUCUGUCCAUCGCUGAGGAAGUAGAGCGAGAUGAGGCGCCGAGGAUCUACUCUGAGGGAUCUCUCACUACACCCGAUAAUGCUUAUUCUUACUACUCAAUUACAAACAACACAGCGAGCACGACCGAAGAACCUCGGUCAGCGAACGAGCUACCAACAUCAGGGCCGACAGCCAGCGAGCGAUCAGCUCUGAGGAGCCUCGCGAGACGAUACCGAGCAAGGAGACGCCGCAAGUUGCGAGCUGAUAAUACCGACCCCGCAGAACGGAGGAAGCGGAAAAGAGCAAAGCUGCUAGAUUGCCGUGUAUCAGACUGGGGAGAAUGGAGUCCCUGCAGAAAUGAUGGCGGCUGUGUCGGAUCGGCAUUACGCACACGAAGAAUCUUACGUCGCCAACGUCCUGGAGGCAAACCGUGUCCACCCACAGCGCAGUCGCGAUGGUGCGCCACCAACUGCACCGCACCAGCGCCGCAGGACGACUGGCGGAAUAAUCUCACGUAA